AAAUAAUACUUGACUACAAAGCAUCAAGUCAGUCGACGAGAUACCAGCCACUUGAUCGAACCUCAAGCCAAACAUCAAGUUGCCAUACACUCUUACAGCACAACACAAUAUUUUGUGUCUCAAAAACCUCCCAACAUGCAGUUGACCAGCUUUCCAAGGACAUACGGGGUGGCUCCACCGGCCCGCCAGCCGUCACCGCCGUCAAACAAACCCACCACCUCUGCCGUCACACCGUCGUCAGCCUCCGUGUACACCGAAUACUCCCUCCGUCCAGCUCGCCGCCAAGCCCACCACCGCAAUCACCCCUAUAGACAUCCAGACCCUCUCCUUUCCCGACGGCUCGCGGGGCACCUUCGAGGGCGGUGGAGCCGAGUCUGGCUCCAAGGCCGCAUCCUCAAGGGCAUCCAGCGGCCAUGCCACGCCCGCCGAGCUCGGUGGCUUUGUGCCUGGCUCCGCGCUGCCCGGUGGUGGCGGCGACGAUUCGGCCAGUGUGAUGAGUUUCGCGCCGACGAUGCGCCCGCCCGCAGAUCUCGCAAGUCUCGUCGCGGGGGGUCUGAACAAGAAGAGCAGGGCCUGGGCGCUGCUGAGGUCGCAGUCUGCAGCUGUGCAGCCGUUCCAGAGGGCCAGGCAGUAUGCGACCGACGGCCUGGGGGACUUCGAGCGCGAGUUCGACGAGAUACCGGACGAGGGCGACGUGGGCGAUGAGGUGCGCCUGGUACAGUGGCGGUCCAAGCUGAAGCACUACAUGAUCCUGUCGUCUGCUGGCAAGCCGAUAUGGAGUCGCCACGGGGACGUGAGCCUGAUCAACUCGUCCAUGGGGGUUGUGCAGACCAUCAUAUCCUUCUACGAAGGCAUGCAGAAUCCUCUGCAGGGCUUCACUGCCGGCAACGCUCGUUUUGUCGUGGCCACCGAGGGGCCUCUCUACUUUGUGGCCAUCAGCCGGCUUGGCGAGAGCGAUAUGCAGCUUCGAGACCAGCUGAAGGCCUUGUACAUGCAGAUCCUCUCCACCCUAACCCUGCCCACCCUCACCAAGAUCUUUGUCCACAGGCCCUCGACCGACCUGCGAACGCCGCUCCAGGGGACCGAGGGCCUGCUGUCAUCCCUCGCAGACAGCUUCACAAAAGGCUCUCCGAGUUCGAUGCUUGGCGCCCUGGAGUGCCUGAGGAUACGCAAGUCGCAGAGGCAUGCCCUCAACAAUGCCUUCCUCAAGGGCAAGACCGAGAACCUGCUGUACGGCCUCAUUGUCGCCGGCGGCAAGCUCGUCAGCGUCAUCCGCCCGAGGCGACACUCCCUCCACCCCAGCGACCUGCAGCUCAUCUUCAACAUGCUGUUCGAGUCCGGAGGCAUCCAGGCUGGGGGCGGCGAGAACUGGAUCCCACUCUGCCUGCCCGCCUUCAACAGCAGCGGGUACCUGUACAUGUACGUCAGCUUCUUUGACGAGCCGUCCAGCGACGACCACGAACACGACAUGCCGCAUGCUACCGUUCCACCAUCCGAGGAACAGAUUGCCAUCAUUCUCAUCAGCCCGGAUAAGGAGUCCUUCUAUGACCUCAAGGAGAUGCGCGAUAGGGUCGCCGCCAACCUCGAAAAGAACGGCCACCUCGAGAUCAUCAAGACAGCCGUCAAGGUGGGCCGGUCAAAGAUCACCUCCAUCGCCCCAGGCAGCCAGAUCAGCCAUUUCUUGUACAAGUCUCGGGCCAACGUACAGUUUUGCAUCCAUGACGAUGACGAGACUGUGUCACCAGGCGACGACGGCCUCGUCUCGCGCAGGCGUCUCAUGACCCUCUACCACCAGCUCCACGCCUCCGCACACGCCCGCCACUCCCACCUCAAGAUCCUGCACUGUGCCGGCCAGGACGCCACCAGCCUGGCCUGGGUCACCCCCGUCUUCGAGUUCUACUGCGUGGCGGGCCCGAAUGUAUCACGGGCGAUCCUGACGCAGGGCGCCAACAAGAUCGUCCAGUGGGCCAAGAAGGAGGAGGAGCGCCUUUUCAUUAUCGGAGGCGGCGUGUUCUGACAGUAUAUAGAGAUAGAUACCCCAGGAGCCGGAACGGGCAGCAAGUAUACAGAUAUGUACAUAUAUACACAUUCACAAAUACGUACCACGUCAAGCCACACCAGAGGUAGUCGCCCUUCGGCCUGAGUACCGGUAGACAAACAUCAGAUUAAGUCAAGAGGGGUCACUCAUUCUUUAGACUAGGUCUCACUAUUACUUUUUCA